GCUUGUGAAUCAAACCCUCAUUGAACGUGAAGGGACCCACUGUGAUAGAAUUGGAGUGUCAUACACAGCCUUCCAAAAACAGACAAAGAGAUGCACUCAGCCAGCUCAGAGGAAAAACGUCUGUCAGGACAGAAGGGAAAAUACUGGCUGUCAAACUUUGCUUCCUUGGCCAAUGAUCCAUUUGUACGCAAUACUACCACAGGAGAACAAUGGUUAAGAUUUAAGCAUGAAGGAAACCACAGAGUGGUAGUACAGGUGGAAAUUAAUGCUGACAGGUUGAGUGUGGUGAAGGGGGAGUUGCUUCUUCAGAUCAUCAAAGUAGUGAUUGUAAAUGGCAAGAGUUCCACUACAAUUAAGACAGAUGUAUUUAACAGAGGAAUAGUUUCAACACGUUUCACUAUUAAACUGGUCAAUUGCAGCUUGAGCAAGAAAACGAUAAAGGCAGCAACAGUGGGGCCUCGCCAGCUUCACUCAUUUCACUAUUCAGGAAAGUUGACCAAACAUUCUGAAGCGAAAGAGUGCCAAGUUGUAGUUGUUGGCCAUAAGCAUGCAGUUGUUGCUCGGAGAACCAUCAAAAUGAAGAAAGGCAGCAGAUGUGUCUGUCUUGCCAACUGUCAGUGUAAGUGCAUGUCGGAAAGUUUGGUUUGUGAGCCUCUUUCUGAAGCAGACUACCACAUGGCAGGGUUCACAGGCCCUGUGCCUAGGAGACAGCACUUAUACAGGCAGUUGCCAUUUGGAGCCAAAACAACCAUCAACACUGUGUUGGCUGUGGUCAUUGCUCUUCUCAGUUUAGGAAUCCUUAAAGCAUGGGUUGGUAUAAUGGUGUCUAGAAGGGUGGCUGCUUUUGGACUGUGCCUGUUCACAAGGAAUGUACAAAAACUGAAUGCCUAUUAUGAGCAAGAGUUGCAAGAAAUAGCUGUGGAAUAUAACCAGUUUGGAGAGCCUGUCAAUCCUUUGACGAAAAAACCUGUGAGCAAGAUGAGUUUGACCACAGAGCUAUUCUUAAAUAUGAUUUUCUUCCUAUACCUGCCAUUUGUUUGGGUACACUGGCUCUUCAUCAAGUGUGUGUCAGUACAAAGAAGGCCAGCAGCAGGUGACAAACUCCCUAAUUCACCUGACAGUGAUCCAAGCACAGGUGCUGAGAGUGCUGAUCGUGGACCUCUCUCAAGGCAGAGCCUAGAUCGACACUUUACGCUACAGCAGUUCAGGAAGCAAAAAGUUAAGUUAAAGAAAGGGCUCAAUUGUGGCAUACUGUUAGAAAAUGAGAACAAUAACAACUCGGCAGAUGCAUGUUCAAAUGAAGGUGUGUUCAUCUCAACCCCCGGGGAUCGGCUUGAUUCAAGAAAUGUAAAAAGGCGUAGGCGUGCAAAGAAGAGUUCAGAGAAAGAAGAUAACACUGGGAAAAAUCCAGUUGAUUUGUACACAUUGCCAGGACAGCUUAUUUAUUACAAUUUCACCAAAGCUAAAAUGAAACCAAAGAAUUCUGGUGCAAAAUUUUCUCUCUGUGGUACUCUGGAGAAAUUUGGAGAAGAGUACGUGUUUGAUGUUGGAGACCAUAAUGUACAG